ACCAAAGUUAGAGAGAAUUAAAGACUAUCUUCUCAUGGAGGAAGAAUUCGUUAGAAACCAGGAACAAAUGAAGCCUUUAGAAGAAAAGCAAGAGGAGGAAAGAUCAAAGGUGGAUGAUCUAAGGAGGACCCCAAUGUCAGUAGGAAUGUUGGAAGAGAUCAUUGAUGACAAUCAUGCCAUUAUGUCCACACCUGUGGGCUCAGAACUCUACAUCAACAUUCUUUCCUUUGUAGACAAGGAUCUGCUGGAACCAGGCUGCUCAGUCCUGCUCAGACACAAGGUUCAUGCUGUCAUAGAGGUGUUCAGGGAUGACACAGAGCCCUUGGUCACAGCAAUGAAGGCAUCUUCAGCUGAAUGAAGAUUCUGCUAAAGAUUUGUCUUCCCCCCUCCAUCUCUUGUUGCUGCCAACACCUGCUAUGCUUGCUUAACAACCCAUGGCAUCUGGGACUCCAGCUGUAGGAGUGGCAGCCUUGGCGAGCCAAGGUAAAGAGGACAGGUGUAAAGCAAGGUCCGAAAGACUUUGUGAUCCAAAUCCAAAAUCUGGACUCUCCUUGCCUUACAGGGGCCCCAUCAGUGGCUUUCUGCCUGCCUGUUGGCCUCAUCCCCAGCCAUGAAGGCAGGAGGGAAGAGCCAAAGCGCACCCAACCCCCUGCCACUUCCAGGCACCCAUCCUCCUUCCAUAUGGCUCUUAACUCAUUCCUUGACAGGUUUGAUAGAUCAUGGACAAUGUUGAGAGACUGCACAGCACUUUAAAUUCAAGGAAAAUAAGAACUAAUAGCAAUAUUUGGGAGACCAAAACAGGCCAGAGAGG